UGAGCAUGGACUAGUGGGCCUGUUCACUUAUGUUUCGCUCUUUGGCGCGAUGGGCUCGGAAGACCAGGAGGAGUGAUCCCUCCCGGACCUGGCAAAGCUUCAGGGAUGCAAAGGUGAUCAAUCCUUUUGCGGAGUAUCAGUGGAUCUCCCAGCCAUAUCCGGAGUACAACAUGCCGAAGGUGGCUCAUGAUGCCCGACCCCAUAGGACUCUGCGGGCUGUGAGUCAUUGCGACGAGAAGGGCUGGUGGCAUGUCCUUGAUGGCAAAGGCCGAGAUGUGGGCAAGUUGGCCGCUGUUGCUGCCAGACUGCUGCAAGGCAAGCAUCGUGUGGACUACGCGCCAGAUCGCGUCAAAGGCGACUCGGUCAUCAUUGUCAAUGCCAUUCACCUUUUCUUCCCGGGUCACACUUGGGACACCAAGAUUUAUAGAUUUUGGCGAAACAGAAAGACUGACCCUCGAGGUGCAAAGAUCAUCACAGCUACGAGACUGAUGAUGCUCAACCCGUCUAUCAUUAUCUCCCAGGCUGUGAAGGGCAUGCUGCCCAAGAACCUCUUGCGGUCGAAUUGGCUUCGGAGGCUCUAUUGCUACCCGGGCGCCAUCCAUCCGCAUUGGGGGAUCCCACAAGUGAUUGUUCCUGUUCAAAACAAGCCUGAACUGCUGCCAGAUGCAUUCACUUUCGAGGAUGCAGAGGCACCAUGAUCUCCAUGAGCCCCGUGAGCCCCAGUUUGCCCACGGCUCCAAGUUAACGAGCUGCCUGGAUGAAGGCUGUGGACCA